AUGCAGCUUUCCUCCAUUUCCCACCUCCUCCUCCUCCUCCUUCCAAUUGUUCUCUGCUUUCUACCCUGCCUAACAGCUCUCACUUCCCCACAAGACGUUUCGGCUCUGAAAGCUCUGAAAUCGGCCAUCUCCCCUGCCUCCAUCCCGCCUUGGUCCUGCCUCGCCUCCUGGGACUUCGCCGCGGCCGACCCAUGUUCCCUCCCUCGCCGCACCCACUUCGUCUGCGGCCUCGCCUGCUCCCCUGACUCCACCCGGGUCACCCAACUCACCCUCGACCCGGUCGGCUACUCCGGCCAGCUCACCCCGCUCCUCUCCCAGCUCACCGCCCUCCUAACCCUCGACCUCGCCGACAACUACUUCUCCGGCCCCAUUCCCGCCUCCAUCGGUUCAAUCGCCUCCCUCCAGUCCCUAACCUUGCGCUCCAACUCCUUCUCCGGCCCGAUCCCCGCCGCUCUGACCACCCUCAACCUGCUCGAGUCGGUGGACCUGUCGCGGAAUCGGCUGGAAGGUGGGAUUCCCAAGGGGCUGGACUCGAUGCUCAAUUUGAGGCGGCUGGAUCUCAGCUACAACAAAUUGACCGGUUCCGUCCCCAAACUGCCGCCCAAUUUGCUGGAGCUGGCGGUCCGGGCGAACUCGCUGACCGGCCCGCUGGCCAAAUCGGCGUUCGAGCGGGCGGCCCAGCUGGAGGUGGUGGAUCUCGGGGAGAACUCGCUGGGCGGAACGGUGGAGGCGUGGUUCUUCCAGCUGCCCGCGAUCCAGCAGGUCAAUCUGGCGAAUAACAGCCUGACGCGUGUCGUGGUGCCCAGGGGUUCGGGGAAGAAUGCCGUCGGGCAGCUGGUGGCGGUGGAUCUCGGGUUCAACGAGAUCGAAGGGGAGGUUCCCGCGAAUUUCGCCGGGUUUCCGAGUUUGUCGGCUCUGUCGUUGAGGUACAACAAGCUACGUGGCAGGAUCCCGUUGGAGUACAGCAGGAAGAAGAGCUUGAGGAGGUUGUUCCUGGAUGGGAAUUACUUGAUCGGGAAGCCGCCGGCGGGUUUCUUCGGCGGUGGGGCGGCGGUGGCGGCGGGUAGUUUGGGGGAUAAUUGCCUGGAAGGGUGUCCAGGGUCGUCGCAGCUUUGUAGUCCGUCGCAGAAGUCGAGUGAAGUGUGUAAGCAAGCUUAUGGCGGCAGGAAACCGAGGUCCUAG